GCGUUCAAGUCGUUUAACGUAUUCAUGUGAGCCGGAUACUGAAAACUUGUGUUCCCUGCAAUCGUAGGAGUUAUUUGUUGGAAUCACUGGAAGAUUUGUCAAUGUAAACCAGAAGAAUUGUGUAAGACUGAAAAUUGAAAACUUAUUUGUUGUGCGGUGUGGUGAGAGCCGAAGUAUCUUGGUUUGAGAGUAGUGUUGUUGUACGCUCUCUGGAACAAUGAAUCUAUUGACUAUUUUGUGCCUGUGUUUGUUUUACUCGUCAGUACAGACAGAAAGAAACAGAGAAGAAGCGGGAACAGUUAAACCAGGUGUUUGUCCACCAUCUUCGAAAAGGGAAUGUUUCGAUCAAAAAGCAGAUUGUGAGUUUGACGAAGACUGUGGAGGCCUAACAAAGUGUUGCAGUAAUGGUUGUGUCAGUAAAUGCAUAACUCCUCAUUACACAGGUUGCCAACAGUUGCACUUGGUAACGGAAAGACGAGCUAGAAGCUUGGGACCUGAGGGAGAAAGCACUUUUAUUCCCAGGUGUGACAAAAGUGGGAAGUUUGAGCCAGUUCAGUGUAAUGACAUUUCUGAAUCUUGCUGGUGUGUUAACCAACAAGGGUUUGAAAUUGCAGGAACUCGUGCUCGAGCAUUGAAUCUAGUCAACUGUAGUGCACCUGAUAAGUGUGCUGGCCACACAUGUCGAAUGUUGUGUCCAUAUGGUUUUGAGCUUGAUGAUUAUGGUUGUCCAAUAUGUGAGUGUCGAGACCCUUGUAAGGGGGUUAAAUGUCCUGCAAACCAGAAAUGUGAAGUGGAAGAAGUUCCUUGUGUUGAUGAACUCUGUCCUCCUCUACCCACUUGUAAACAACCUAGAACAUUGGACAGUUUUUGUCCUGUUGGAGAACCAAUCACCUCUCCAGACAGUGGCCUUCCCUUCCUUUGUGGCAUGGAGCCCAACAAACCUCAGUGUCCACAUAGCUAUCUGUGUAAUGUUUUACCAGGAAAUGAUUAUGGAGUGUGCUGCCCUCUAGUUGAUAAACAAGGCACAUGUCCUUCAGAAGUGGAUAAAGAAGAUUGUGGUGGGUCCUGUCAGUCAGAUAUGGAUUGUGUUGAUGUAAAAAAAUGUUGUUAUACAGAUGUGUGUGGACAUACAUGUGUUAAGCCAGAAAAUACGACGUUGUGCUUGCAACAAAAGGCUGUAGUGGAAUUACUAGCCAGCAACAAUGCAAAAUUCCAAGGUUAUGUCCCCCAGUGUACUGACACAGGAGAAUUUCUACCAAAACAGUGUAGCACUAAUGGCGCCCUCUGUUGGUGUGUGGAUUCUACUGGUGUUCAAGUACGUGGAACCAUUGGACCCUCUAGUGCCGUGGAUUGUCUUCUACAAACAAGGAGUGAACAAAAUCCUGAUGCCACUGGAUGUGAAAAUGCCACAUGUGAUCUUCACUGUGAAUUUGGUUUUCAAUACGAUGACUUGGGCUGUGUUAAGUGUGAAUGUGAUGACCCGUGUCGGGAUAUGGAAUGUCCCCAUGGGUCUGAGUGUAUUGUUCUUAAGGAGGAUCCCUGUAUGUCUGUAUAUUGUCCCCCAGUAGCAUCAUGUUAUCGGACACAAAGUGACAUGUGUAGUAGAGGAAGGCCGUUAUUGGACAACCAAACCCAAGAACUAGUACACUGUGGAGAGAAGUCCUGUCCUUUGAAAACAUUUGUUUGUGAGCGAAACCCAGAAGAUGACAUGGGAGUAUGCUGCCCAGCAAGUUUUGUGAUAGAAUCUUCCAAAGAAGGAAAAUGUCCUCAGUAUGUUGCUGAACCUCGAUAUUGUGGUAAUAACACUUGUACUGCUGAUGAAGAAUGUGAAGGUUUAAAAAAAUGUUGUCCAUCUGAUGUUUGUGGUGCUAUUUGUGUUACUCCUGAACCUAAAGGGUUGCCCACAAUGUGUGAGUACUUGCAUGAGAUGGGAAAGAAGAUAAAUACUAUAAAGGAGGAUGAGUUUCUGGCUAUAUCAGUUCCUGAGUGUCGCGAGGAUGGUAGUUAUGAACCUGUCCAGUGUAAUGGUGAUGGAGAAUGUUGGUGUGUAGAUGAGUUUGGUGUAGAACUAAAUAUGACCAGAGCUUCGUCUUUUGACCAAGUAGACUGUCGUCAAGUUCAUGCUCGGUUAGAAUGUUCUGGGGUUCUUUGUCGUCUUGGCUGUGACUACGGUUUUGAACAUGACUAUGCCGAAUGCCCUAUUUGUGCAUGUAGAAAUCCGUGCAAAGAUGCUAAAUGUCCCAAGGGCUAUGAAUGCCAGAUGACAGAAGUACUUUGUGAAGACAUUUGGUGUCCUCCUCUUCCAAAAUGUAUGCGGGUGAAGACACAGUCCAGAAAUUCUUUUCCUCGCUGCCCAACAGGAGGUCCCAUGUUAAAUGAAAAUGACAUCCCAAUGAUCUGUAAUCCUCAGAUUGGAGUUCAGCAAUGUCCAGAUACUCAUGUCUGUCUUGUUCCUGACCCAGUAACUCCUGGUAUUUGUUGCCCUAGAAGUGGUGAAGAUCUGUCAUUGGUUGACAGUUCAGAAGACAAUCUUUUGGUGAGUAACAGUACAGAGGAACAAAACGUCUCAUCAGGCGAGAAGGAAGGUAGCUGUCCAGUUGUUGAAUCCUGGGAGGUUGGAAACUGUGCUGAAGAAUGUCAGGUAGAUAGUGAUUGUUCUGGACCUCAGAAAUGUUGUACUAAUGGAUGUGCAGCUCAUGUGUGUCGUGACCCAGCUGGUACCACAGGAAAACCUGGCCAGUGUCCAUACCUGGUACCGCAGUCUUUAGGAUCUUGUGAAUAUGAAUGCACAUCAGAUUAUGACUGUGAGGACACUAAGAAGUGUUGUACCAAUGGUUGUGGAACUCAGUGUCUUGUGCCUUUGACUCUUACAACCUGUCAGCAUCAAAGAGCUAUUGCAGAAUACCGAGCUCGAGAGGCAGGAAUCCCAGCAUCUCAAGUAUUUUUGCCAGUUUGUGACCAAGAGACAGGGGUUUUUGAAGAUGUACAGUGUAAUCCUUUGACUCGAGAAUGUUGGUGUGUAGACAUCCGUGGUUAUGAGGUUGCAGGAACUAGGUCUCUUCAUGGUCAAGCUACUAAUUGUUCUGGAUCAACAGCAUGUCCUGUGUUAGUUUGUAAGUUGGACUGUCCUGCAGGGUUGAAACUGGACGAGAAUGGCUGUUCUCUCUGUGAAUGUGCUGACCCAUGUCGUGACGUGACUUGUUCUAGCCCGGUGGAGGAAUGCCGUCUUGUACAACUGACUUGCAUCACAGAACCAUGUCCACCUGUACCUUUGUGCUUACCACCUAUAAGCAACCCCUGUCAAAUUGGUGAGCCAUUAAUUGAUGUUAAUAGUGGAAAUGAAUUGAAAUGUGGUCCACAAGGUAGUCAGUGUCCAUCUUCUCACCGGUGUCACUUAAGUCCAUUUGGAGAAUUUGCUGUGUGUUGUCCAAAGCCAAGGGAUGCCUGUUUUGCCGAAAAAGAUGUUGGACGCUGUAAAUCAUCCAUACCACGUUGGUUCUUUAAUACACGGAAGAAUUUAUGUGAGGAGUUUAGGUUUGGUGGAUGUGGUGGUAAUUUAAAUAACUUUAACUCGAGAGAAGAUUGUGAAAAAACGUGUCAUGCUUUGUCACAUUGUGAAAAACUUAGAGAAAGGAACUUGAAAUAUCUUAAACACAGCAAUGGAGCAGUAUUUAUUCCUAAGUGUAACAAGGACACUGGUGACUGGGCCACAGUUCAGUGUUUUGACUCCAUUGGGCUUUGCUGGUGUGCCAGCAAGGAUGGGGAGCAAGUUCCAGGAAGUAUCAUAAGAGGAACUCCCCACUGUACAUCAAGAAUGGGAAGAACUUUAGAUGAGACAUCAAUCUGUCCUGAUGAAAAACCUGUCUACCUGUGUCCUGCCGACCUCUGUAACAACCAACACUGUCUAGCACACCCAAACGCCACCUGUCGUGUGAAUCCUUGUGGAGGAUGCACACCUGUGUUCUAUGAUGAGAUGAAUCACCCAGUGGACUGUAAUGAUGGUCUAACUACUUGUGUGAGAAAAGUGCAAAAAGUGUUGAAUAGCCAUGCCUGGGCAAAUCAGGGGCUUCCUCUGAACAGAAUCGAGGACUUUCUUCCUGUUAAAUUACAGCAUUCAAAUAACUCACUCCCAUCUUCUCCUUUACAUUUUUCUCUUGUUCUAACAUCGAAAAAAGACAAUGGACUCAAGGAGCAAGAUAUAAAGUCUGUGGUCAAAAGGUCGGCAUGGAAUGCUAAUCCUGGUGUAAAAAUUUUUUUUUUAAAACAUGCUCAGAGACAGCGAGAAAAGAAAUUUGAACCCAAGCCUCCUCCCACCAGUAUUGCUUUUAGCAGUCUUAUCUAUGGCAUUACUGACAAAUCUCUAAAUGCCAAGACACAAGCCGAAGAGAAAAUCAACGUUCAAACAGUUGAAGCUCAAUACCGAAGUAUUUGUGAGAAAGAUGAUGCAAGCUCCGAGCUGUCAGAGGGCCCUCCUGGCUACGACAACAUCUCUGAUCAUGGUGUGAAAGUUUAA